UGCAGCGUGCGGCCAAAACAAACUGCGGCUGAUGGUGCGCCUCUUGCCUCCGGUGUCUCUGGCCUGCUUCUCGACAGCAGCCCAGGGACCAGCUCUGCCCAGGGGGAGGAGCGGAGCGGGCUGCCCUGGUCCUCCCACCGCCUAUAAGACCACAGGCAGACGGAAACACUCCAACACCAGGCACACGUGGAGCCGACACAAGGAGACAAGAGGGGCUGCAGCUGUGAAGGAGCAGGAGAAUAGGAGCGCCAACUCAAGUCAUAAUAGUACAGAGUAAAGAGAGGCAUAGGAAAGAGUGAAUGGACUGAACGGUGUGAAAUACUAGCAUCUUUCAAAGGAUUAUAAAAAGUGUUUGGAAUGUCAAGUGUCUAUUUAAGAAACAGCUGGAUCACUGACUCAUCUUUAUAGUGACUGAGCCAUCCUCUGGACUGAACUAGCAUCCCAGGGAUUUGUGCAAGUUUGGAGUUUUUGACUGUAUACUAUCAUUUCAAACUGUAAUUUUCAGAAGAUAGUCACAACUGGACAUUUCACAAGGAUUUGACAGUCUUCUCAUUUGCUGGUGAAGAUGACAUUUGCCAUGCUCCGCACAGCGCCCCCCGCAGGUCGCUUCAUGUAUGGCGACAUUGCUCUGCUGUCUGAAGACGAUGAGGAGAACGGCAGCGAGGGCUCGGGUUCGGAUGAGCGUAACUCUGCCUUCCGCCUCUCAUCCUCGUCACCCUCUGCAUUUCAUAUCAAGGUGAACAGGAAGAGGAAGCUGUGUUCAGGUGGAGGGGGGGCCAUGCUGGGGAGACUGGGCCCCCCGGGGUCUUCUCCAAAUGGGGUCGGGGAGGUGCGCCAGAGGACAGCUGCCAAUGCACGAGAGAGGGAUCGCACCAACUCUGUCAAUACUGCUUUCACUGCUCUUCGCACUCUCAUCCCCACUGAGCCUGCAGACAGGAAACUGUCAAAGAUCGAGACACUGCGUCUGGCGAGCAGUUACAUAAGUCACCUGGGCAACGUGCUGCUGCUGGGGGAGGGGCUUCAUGAUGGACAGCCAUGCCACGCCCCCUCACCUCCGUUUUUCCACGUCAACUCCUCCCCAAACCGCGGCUCAGACCAGUCUACGCAGCCCAAACACAUCUGCACCUUCUGCCUCAGCAACCAGCGCAAAAUGAACAAAGACAGAGACAGAAAGACGGCCAUCAGAAGUUAACGUCUCCGACACAAACCCUAAAGAAGUGCGUUUGAAUUAUACCGCAUUUCUGGGACUUCCUCUGCACUUCCGAAGCAUUUUCCUUGACUAUAAAUAAUACUUUUACGGAUUAUUUUUUUGCAUUGGGAACUUUUACCAGCCGUUAUAUGCUCAUCCCAACAACAGGGAGCCUUGUGACUGUUUUGUUGCUCAAAGACUUGUUCAUGGCAUUAAUCAUAUGGCACAUUGUGGGACAACACCAAAUAUUUGAAAGACAAAUUUGUAUUCAUCAAAAGCUGUGUGUUAUGAAAUUGUAAACUGAAAUAUAAGUGUAUAUUUAUGUGUAAUAUUAUGCAAUGGAAAUAUGUUAUUUAACGUACAUAUCUUUUUACUUUGUCAGCUAAUACUACAGACCUUAAAAUGCUGGGACACAGAAACAUAUGCUGGGAUAUUUGUGGUUGCAGUAUUAGUAAUAAUCAUCUCUGAAAGCUGGAAAAUAUCUUGUGAUGACCAAUAAAUAGUUUGUAUA